AUGAGCGCAGAUAAGAGCACAGAUUUGAGUAAGAAUGAGUCUAUUGAAGACGAUGAGCCAGAUGAGUGGGAUAGAAGGAUAAUGGAUACGGGUUGCCAUCAGGAGAAUUUGAAUUUGCAGUUGUGUCACGCAGAUACGGGCGACUGGAGAAAGUGUUUAAAGGAAAUGCAAGAGUUUAGAGAAUGUUGGGCUAGGAAUAGGAAUAACGAAAGGACCUCAACGGUGGAUAAUGUGCAGCAGUAG